AGUAAUAUACAGGGAGGCAAACAAUGCAUUAAAAUCCAGAUAAUGAGGACUGAUCUACUCGUGCAAACCACAAGCACACUGGUGUUCCAAAGCUCAUUAGCUUACAUUGGGUAUGUCUUAUAUUGAUUGGUCCCUUUCUAAUGCCACAUUCCUCUGCAGCCACUGUCUUCCCCUAUCAGGUUAGAGCGUUAUAAUGGAAGCAGUGCAGUUGAACUGCAGUCUGGGACACUUUGCUGCUAGUUGUUGGACACAAUGCAGGCAGAGCCCUUUCAUGAUAGUCAGCUGCUUUAUCUGGAUCAGCUGAAAGUCAGCUGGUUGCUCUGAAUUAUCGCAGGCUGACCUCUUGGCUCUGCAGGUCCUGCAGUAGUCUCUGAGUCUGCAAGCUGCAUUCCACGCCUAAGACCAGGGCCUUGGCAUGCGGUCCCGGCCACUCCACUGGGGCGCUUGUAAUCUCCCUGUCUGUCUCUGUUCUGAAGGCACUUCACUUAGGCUGGCUCCAGUGCUGCAGAGCAGCUCUGUUAAACAGCAGAGGAGCAGGAUGUAUAUUGAUUCACAUCUCAGAGACGCAGGAGAGGGGAGCAAGCAGGAACCUGUGUUUUUUGCCUUUCGAUUGAACUCAAGAUGAUGAAAUUCUGAGGAACUGAACCAACGACAAGAAAGAAAAACAACAUUUUGCUUUUUUUUUUUUUUUUUUUUUCCAUUUCCUUUUUCUUUUGAAACAACAUGUGCAGAUGUAACAAUAUCCGCACUAGCCAAGCAGCAUGUUUACUGUGCCUUUUUAAAAAUACAUUGAUAAACAAACAGAGCAAGAACGUUAUCAUAGUCCAAGGUGCCAGACAGAUCGAAUGAAGCUGCUCUGCAUGUUUUUGUUUUUAAUCCCAGGCAAUGACAAUCAUUAACUGUUCACUGAUUUUUUAACAAAGGGGCUGUUGUUAUCACUGGCACUGUUGAAAACACAUUUGAAAGGUGGUUUUUGAAUACAGGAGAAACACCUUUGCCCUUGACAGCGUGUCCCCUGGUGCAUCCCUAGGACUGGCCAGGGGCCCUCGCACCACCAUGCACUGCAAGAGGAGAAUGUGCUCCGGCCUGGCCAUCUUUCUCCUGACCGCGGCUCUCAUUGUGGUCUACAUGCAAAUGAACCACUACAAUUUCAUAGUGCACACAGACAGCACCCAUAUUAAAGAACUUUUAUCUGAGAGCAACCAAACUUUCACCACAGUCCCCCCAGAGAGCCCCCGAGCCUGCAGCUGCACCAAGUGCAUCUCUGAGAAGGGCGUGUCAGACUGGUUCGAUAAGCGCUUCAACUCCAGCACACAGCCGCUGCUCACUGCCAAAGAUGACAAUCUCCCUCAGCCUGCCCUGAGCUGGUGGCUGGCUUUGCAGCAAUCCCACAUAGAUGUGAAAGUAAAUGAAGUGGUAGCUGAGGUGUUUGCUGUGCUGCCUGGGACAGACCAGGACAUGACGGGCGACCCAUCCCAGUGCAGGAGAUGUGCCGUGGUGGGCAACUCGGGAAACUUGCGGGGAUCCCUUUACGGCAAUUUGAUCGAUUCCCACGAUGUUGUGAUGAGGAUGAACAAAGCUGUAACCAGCGGGUUUGAGUCGGACGUGGGGCGCAAGACAACGCACCACUUCUUGUACCCAGAGAGUGCCAUUGAUCUCCCAGCUGACGUCCAUCUGGUCCUUGUGCCCUUUAAAACACUGGACCUGCAGUGGAUUGCAAGCGCACUUUCAACCGGACAGAUAACCAAGACGUACAUGGAAGUCAAACAGUUUAUCAAGGCUGACAAAGACAAGGUGAUGGUAAUCAGCCCAGCCUUCUUGAAAUAUGUCAAUAACAAAUGGACAGAGCAUCAUGGGAGAUAUCCUUCCACCGGCAUGCUGGCGGUGAUAUUUGCACUGCACACCUGUGACGAGGUGUCCGUGUUCGGCUACGGCGCCGACGUCAAUGGGAACUGGCACCACUACUGGGAAGAAAACAAAUACGCCAGCGCUUUCCGGAAAACGGGAGUUCACAGCGCCGACUUUGAGACUGAAACCCUCAGGAAGCUGGUUGAAGAAGGAAAAAUCAGACUGUAUACUCCAGAACGAACCGCACGUCCAAUCAAUAAAUACAUUCAAAAGACAUAAGCCAAAACAGCAGGGGAAGUGCAGAACUCCUCAUGGACCGUUCUUUCACUACUACAGACUGUAAGCUAUGGGAGGACUUGAACCCCAACUGUGGAAAACUGAAGAAAUGACUUUUUUUUUUUUUUUUUUU